AGCCUACAGGCAGCUAACUUGUGCAGCUCAUACGCGCCGCAGGCGUGCAGACCCAGUCUUUUAAGGCUAGCACGUAUCUCGCGCACACCAGCGACUGCGGUUUGCCCUUUCUUACGAGCGGUUACGGGGCCUGAGAGGCCCUCCCGGCCUCCGAGAGCCGCCGGUGCUCGCAAAUUGCCUGUCCUGUACAAUUCUCGUGUGUCCGCGCUGCGCCUGUGUCAGUGCAGAAUUGUAACCGCGCACGCGUCGAUGCUGCGCAGCACGAGCGCGCUCCUCCUCACGCGCCUCGCCACCACCACCAUCCGCGCCAUGGCCGCGAUUGACUCGAGCGGCUGCGCGGGCGAGUGCUAUGCGGACGGUACUUAUCAGCGCGGUUCACGGCUUCGGCUAGGCCUCGUGCGGCAUGGCGAGAGCAUGAACAACGUGCACGAGGCGCAGGGAACGUACAAGACCGGACGCGUCGCAGACCCGGAGCUCUCGCCCCGCGGACGACGGCAGGCGGAAGUCCUCGGUGCGUUUCUAGGUAACACGUCGAAAGCUGAAUACUUUGGCCUGGGCAAAAUUGACGAGAUCUGGGUCUCUCCCCAUCGCCGCACGCUCGACACGGCGGCGCCGGCGGCGAAGGCGACGGGCCUCGCGCCGCGCGUCUAUACCGACAUCUUCGAGGCCGGUGGCAUCUACGACGCGAAUGAUGCGUACGACGCCUUCGUCGCACGAGGCGGCAUGACGCGGGCGGAGAUGCAAGCGGCCCAUCCCACCUACGUGCUGCCCGACGCCGUCGACGCGACGGGCUGGUACCGCGGCCCGGGCAAGGAGAGCGACGACGAGUGCCGCGCGCGCGCGAAGCGCGUCCUGGAACGCGUCCGGGCGACGGCGUCGGGACUCAAGGACAGCCGCAAUGUCCUGGUGGUCGCGCAUUACGACUUCAUCUCCGCGUUCCUCGACGCGGUCCUGGUCCCCGGGACGACGGGCGAGUUCGCGCGGUGGCGGCACCACAACACUGCAGUCACUGUGGUAGACAUAGAACAGGCUACCGGCGAGGUGGCGUUCAUGAAGGUCAACGCCGCGCCACACAUCUACGAGGCCGACGAGGGGCUACUCUCGGGGUUUCCCCUGUAGUCAGCUAUCGGAGGCGCUGACGGUGCAUUAGUGUUAAUUCAAGCAAGUU